AUGACACUGGCCUUCAGCACUGACUCGCUGUCCGUCUCCAGUAACGACGCCAGCCCACCGGCCUCGGUGGCUUCUCUGCAGCCCCACAUGAUGGGGGCCCAGAGCUCCCCAGGGCCCAAGCGGCCCGGAAACACGCUGCGCAAGUGGCUGACGAGCCCGGUGCGGCGGCUGAGCAGCGGGAAGGCCGAUGGGCACGUCAAGAAGCUGGCGCACAAGCACAAGAAGAGCAGGGAGGUCCGCAAGAGCGCCGACGCCGGCUCGCAGAAGGACUCGGACGACAGCGCGGCCACCCCGCAGGAUGAGACCGUCGAAGAGAGAGGCCGGAAUGAGGGCCUGAGCAGUGGCACGCUCUCAAAGUCCUCAUCAUCCGGCAUGCAGAGCUGCGGAGAGGAAGAAGGGGAGGAGGGGGCCGACGCCGUGCCUCUCCCCCCGCCCAUGGCCAUCCAGCAACACAGCCUGCUCCAGCCGGAUUCACAGGAUGACAAGGCCUCUUCUCGGUUAUUAGUCCGCCCCACCAGCUCCGAAACUCCGAGUGCAGCUGAGCUUGUGAGUGCAAUUGAAGAACUCGUGAAAAGCAAGAUGGCACUGGAGGAUCGCCCCAGCUCGCUCCUUGUUGACCAGGGAGACAGUAGCAGCCCCUCCUUCAACCCUUCAGACAACUCCCUCCUGUCCUCCUCCUCGCCCAUUGAUGAGAUGGAAGAAAGGAAAUCCAGCUCUCUAAAGAGACGGCACUAUGUUUUGCAAGAACUCGUGGAGACAGAGCGUGACUAUGUGCGGGACCUUGGCUGUGUGGUUGAGGGCUACAUGGCUCUUAUGAAGGAAGAUGGUGUUCCUGAUGACAUGAAAGGAAAGGACAAGAUUGUAUUUGGCAAUAUCCAUCAGAUUUAUGACUGGCACAGAGACUUUUUUUUAGGAGAGUUGGAGAAGUGCCUUGAAGAUCCGGAAAAACUAGGAUCCCUUUUUGUUAAACAUGAGAGAAGGUUGCACAUGUAUAUAGUUUAUUGUCAAAAUAAACCAAAGUCUGAGCACAUUGUCUCAGAAUACAUUGAUACCUUUUUUGAGGACUUAAAGCAGCGUCUGGGCCACAGGCUGCAGCUCACAGAUCUGUUAAUCAAACCAGUGCAGAGGAUCAUGAAGUACCAGCUGCUACUGAAGGACUUCCUCAAGUAUUCCAAAAAAGCUAGCCUGGAUACGUCAGAAUUAGAGAGAGCCGUGGAAGUCAUGUGCAUAGUCCCCAAGCGGUGCAACGACAUGAUGAAUGUGGGGCGGCUGCAAGGAUUUGACGUAAUGCUGCAGCUCUCUAAACUUGCUCCUCCGGCUUCCCUCAUUUCCUUCGGUCUUCGAUCACUUACCUGCACACAUAGAAAGCUGAUCCUUUUUGCCUACUUUCUGUCUCCUCUCACUGUUCUUGAACCUGAUUGGUAUUUUCUUUCAACUUCUUUCGGUGCAUCUGAUUUGCUUUUUGAGGCCCUCCCUCUGCUCACAGCCCAGCGCCUGCCGGGGCUUGGCUAUGACUCGUGGGCCCUCUGAUCCUGUAGUGGCACAGCUGCCUUCCCUGGCAGGUGGUGGGAAGCAGGGGGCCCCUGCCCGUCCACCGUCCCUGGGAGCUUGACUUCAGGCGCACUGUGUCCAUUGUUCAUCUGCCAAACGGUUCUAUGAGUUGCCAGACUAUUGAUAUUACAUAUUGUCCUAUUAGUAUCUUAAAGAUACUCAGAAUUUGUACAAAUUCAACUACUGAGUAAAGAAAGGGGACACGGGGGCGCCUGGGUGGCU